GGAGAGGGGACUGGGAGCUAGGGAAAGUGGAGAAGACAAGCGCCUUCUACCUUCCCUUCAUGCUGAAUCCAGCCAUGGAGGAAGGCACAGGGGUAUGAGGGGAGCUGCCAGAGCAGACCGGGCCAUCUCCGCCCACUCUAGGAGACUAGGGACACCUAUAGCCACAUAGCGUCCUGAAGCUUUUAGCAGUUCAGUCUGUUUGUUACUCUGCUAGCCCUGGGCGGAGAACCCUGUGGUGUCAGAUUAAAAGUACUUUAGAAUCACUCAGUGAGCUGGGAGUGGCUGAAGAUAAAGCUGCCUGGCAUCUUUGGACCAAACAGUAGAAAGCCACAGAGAAUGCAGUAACUCUGAGUGGUUGAGUUUUGGAAGCCCAACUUUACAGGCAUCCUUGUGUUCCUUUAACCUACACUAGAGCCUUGAUCCCCACCAUGGUUUUAUUCAGAUGCCCCCAUCCUUUUGGUGAUCUAUUUCCAUCCAAAUCUCUGUGCUGCAUUUCCCCGUGCAUAGCAAUGAGUUUACAGAGACAGGGCAGUGCUGCAAUCCCCAAUGCAUAACAAUGCUUUUACAGAGAAAGUGGGUAUAUGCUUGCCCAAGGCUUACAGCCAGGCUGAGUUGGUUGUGAGCUUUAGUCUGCCUGGCACACAGGCAUCCUUGCCAGCCCUGCUUCCUCAACACUUUGAGGAAGACACCACAGGCUAUUCUCAGGGGCACCCAGUGUGGAAACAGUAUCAGCCCAGAUUAGCCAGUAACACUUGAACAGUACCUUUCUGUCUAUUUGGGGUGGGGAGUGAAGUGUUUUGCUGCAAUUCCCUGCAUAGCUUUAAGCUUUUUCCCUAGCAAAUGUGAAAAUUAUUGUCUUAUUUUGGGUCACUUCAACACUAUGAUGGGAAGCUUCCUAGUAACUACUCAGGCUGGCCUCAGUGACCUGAACAACAGAGCCAUCGUGUACAGCAUGGGAAGUGCCACCCACCACUCCCCCUGAGAAAAUGGUGUCAGACAAAUUCCAAGAUGGUGGCCAGCCAGAGAUGGUGGAGGAAGAGCCUGAGACCAAACUCCUGAGCUUGACAGCCCGGCGGGGGGCCCGGAGCUUACCUCCCAUCCCUUCAGCAUCCAGAACAGGCUUUGCAGAAUUUUCUAUGAGGGAACGCAUGAGGGAGAAGCUUCAGGCUGCAAGGUCCAAGGCAGAAAGCGCAUUGCUGCGGGAUGCCCCCACCCCUAGACCCCGGCGCCUGCAGAGUCCUAGUGAGAGGGAAACAGAGACCGAAUUUGGCACAGAGCCAAGUAAAGAAGUAGGAGGGACUCAACAAGAAGAUAACACCCAGAGUCAUUCAAGAUUUAAGCUCCAUGAUUCUGCACGAAAAAUCAAGUCAAAACCCCAGCCCCCUCCCGGCUUCCCCUCUGCAGAAGAGGCCUAUAAUUUCUUUACUUUCAACUUUGAUCCUGAACCAGAGGGGAGAACACAAGUAAAAGGCGGAGACAAAGCUCAUCAAAAGGACCAAGAGGGCGAAGAAGGAACACAUGCACAAGAGAGAACAAAGAAAAUGGAGGAAGAAGAGUUGCUUAAUGGCAAGGAUGCUGAGGACUUCCUGUUGGGCUUAGCUUCCACAGCCCAUGACUUUGUGUCAGUCAGAGCCGCGGAGUACGAAAGUGUACACAUUAGGCUGGAGAAGGAAAAAGAAAUCCUCUUCACACCCAGUCGGUUGACAGUGCCGACCUAUAAGAAGCUUCCUGAGAAUGUGCAGCCCAGAUUCCUGGAAGAUGAAGGUCUCUACAUCGGCGCAAGACCGGAGGUAGCACGCACCAAUGAGAACAUCAUGGAGAACAGACUGCUGAUACAGGAGCCUGGGAGGAAGUGGUUUGGAGAUGAUGGCAGAAUCCUAGCACUGCCCAGCCCCAUCAAGCCAUUUCCCUCAAGGCCAUCCCUAGCCACACAGGAGCAAAGCACCAAGGCCGAACUGGAGACUUUGUACAAGAAGGCGGUGAAGUAUGUCCACAGUAGACAGCGUAUGAUUGGAUCUGGAGACCCUCCGGGAAAUUUCCAACUGGACAUCGAUAUUUCAGGGUUAAUCUUCUCUCACCAUCCCUGUUUUAGCCGAGAGCAUGUUUUGGCAUCCAAGCUGGCGCAGUUGUAUGACCAGUACCUUGCAAGACAGCAAAGAAACAAGACACAAUUUCUCACAGAUAAGCUUCAAGCACUAAGAAAAGCCAUUCAGACUGGACUUAACCCAGAGAAACCUCAUCAGUCUCUCGACACAACCCAAAAAACCAUCAAUGAAUACAAAUCUGAAAUUCGGCAAACUCGAAAAUUGCGUGACGCUGAGCAAGAGAAAGAUCGAACACUGCUUAAGACCAUCAUAAAGGUUUGGAAAGAAAUGAAGUCACUGCGCGAGUUCCAGAGAUUUACCAACACACCCCUGAAGCUGGUCUUGAGAAAGGAAAAAGUUGACCAGAAAGCAGAUGAGGAUGAAUAUGAAGCAGAGAUUCAAGCUGAGAUCCAUGAAUUGCUGGAAGAGCACAUGGAAGAAUACACAAGGAAGAUGGAAGAGUACAGAGCAUUGCAUCAGCAGUGGAAGGCCUGGAGGAAGGCCCAGAGGGCCAAAAAGAAGAAAAAGAAGCAAACAGCAGAAGAGCACCCUGAGGAGGAGGAAGAGGCUGAGGAGCCCUUUCCCGAGGAGAUCAAGAAGCCCAUCCCCCCAGAGCUCACUGACCCAGCUGUCAUAGAACAGCAGGUGCGUGAGCGAGUAGCCCACAGCAGGAGGAGGCCAGGGGAGCCCACACUGGUUCCAGAGUUGAGUCUGGCAGGGAAUGUGACCCCCAAUGACCAGUGUCCCAGGGUGGAAGUCUUGAGAAGGGAAGACGUUAGGAGACGCUCUGUGUACUUAAAGGUGGUCUUCAAUAGCAAGGAGGUGUCCAGGACUGUUAGCCGACCUCUAGGGGCAGAUUUCCGAGUUCACUUUGGACAGAUUUUCAAUUUGCAAAUAUUCAAUUGGCCAGAGAGCUUAAUGCUUCAGGUCUAUGAAACUAUUGGUCACAGUGGUACAAUCUUGCUAGCUGAAGUCUUCUUGCCUAUCCCUGAGACUACCAUUGUCACGGGAAGGGCCCCCAUUGAAGAGGUGGAGUUCAGCAGUAACCAGCAUGUGACUCUAGACCAUGAAGGAGUUGGAAGUGGAGUGCCCUUCUCCUUUGAAGCUGAUGGCAGCAAUCAACUGACUCUGAUGACCUCAGGGAAGGUGUCCCACAGUGUGGCAUGGGCUGUUGGAGAAAACGGGAUUCCUUUAAUUCCUCCACUGUCACAGCAGAACAUUGGAUUUCGAAGUGUUUUGAAGAGGGCAGAUGCCAUCUCAUCCAUUGGCACAUCAGGGCUGACGGACAUAAAGAAGCUAGCCAAGUGGGCAGCAGAGUCCAAGCUUGACCCCAAUGACCCUAACAAUGCCCCUUUAAUGCAGCUGAUCUCGGUUGCUACCAGUGGAGAAUCCUAUGUCCCCGACUUCUUCCGACUGGAACAGCUACAGCAGGAAUUCAACUUUGUCUCGGAGGAGGAAUUAAAUAGAUCCAAACGGUUCCGGCUUCUCCGUCUUAGAAGUGAAGAGGUGCCAGAAUUCCGGAAUUAUAAACAAAUCCCAGUGUAUGACCGAGAGAUUAUGGAAAAGGUAUUCCAGGACUACGAGAAACGAUUACGAGACAGAAAUGUAAUUGAAACCAAGGACCACCUGGAUGCUCACAGGGCCACAGUAGCCAAGUACCUUCAGCAAGUUAGAGAAUCAGUGGUAAAUCGCUUCCUCAUUGCAAAACACCAUUUCCUUCUUACUGAUUUGGUAGUAGAAGAAGAAGUCCCCAACAUCAGCAUUUUGGGACUAAGCCUUUUCAAGCUGGCAGAACAAAAGCGACCACUGAGGCCACGGAGAAAAGGUCGGAAGAAGGUGACAGCCCAAAACCUGUGUGAUGGAGACAUAAAGCUGCUGGUGAACAUUAUCCGGGCUUAUGACAUUCCUGUGAGAAAGCCCAUAGCUAGCAAGUUCCAGCAGACAUCAAGAUCUUCAAGGACUUUCAGUGAAAAGCAAACUGCUUCCCCCAACACACACAGUCCAGUGCACAGUACUGACUACCCCCUUGACCAGGUCUUAGUCCGUCCUUUUGUAGAAGUCUCUUUUCAAAGAACAAUCUGCCACACAACUACAGCUGAAGGACCAAAUCCCAGCUGGAACGAAGAACUUGAACUUCCAUUCAGAGCCCCGAAUGGGGACUACAGCACAGCCAGCUUACAGGCAGUGAAGGAUGACGUGUACAUUAACAUUUUUGAUGAAGUGCUGCAUGAUAUCCUAGAGGAUGACCGUGAAAGAGGAAGUGGAAUCCAUACCCGUAUUGAGAGACACUGGUUAGGAUGUGUGAAAAUCCCAUUUAGUACUAUCUAUUUCCAAGCAAGGAUUGAUGGCACAUUUAAAAUAGACAUUCCUCCGGUUCUUCUGGGCUAUAGUAAGGAGCGAAACAUUACUAUGGAACGAACAUUUGAUUCUGCCCGAAGCUUGAGUGAAGGCUCUUACAUCACCCUGUUUAUUACCAUUGAGCCUCAACUGGUUCCUGGAGAACCAAUUCGAGAAAAGUUUGAUAGCCAGGAAGAUGAGAAAUUACUUCAGGCAACAGAGAAGUUUCAGGCUGAAUGUGCCUUACGGUUCCCACAGCGUCAGUGCCUUACAACAGUAAUUGACAUGAGAGGGAAAACAGUGUUUAUCACACGUUUUCUCAAGCCUUUAAACCCUCCUCAGGAGCUCCUCAAUGUCUACCCAAACAACCCACAGGCAACUGCGGAACUGGUAGCUCGAUAUGUGUCCUUAAUCCCUUUCUUGCCGGAUACUGUUUCCUUUGCUGGUAUCUGUGACCUAUGGAGCACAUCUGAUCAAUUUCUUGAUCUCCUGGCAGGAGAUGAAGAAGAGCAUGCAGUACUGCUAUGCAAUUACUUUCUGUCCCUGGGUAAGAAGGCAUGGCUGAUGAUGGGCAAUGCUAUUCCUGAGGGUCCAACUGCCUAUGUGCUAACUUGGGAAAAAAAUUAUUAUUUAAUAUGGAAUCCCUGCAGCGGACAUUGUUAUGGACAAUUUGAUACAUUUUGCCCCCUGAAAAGUGUGGGCUGCUUAAUUGGUCCUGAUAAUAUUUGGUUUAAUAUUCAACACCAUGAUUCGCCACUAAGGAUAAAUUUUGAUGUAACAAAGCCCAAACUAUGGAAAUCUUUUUUUUCACGAAGUCUUCCAUAUCCUGGCCUUUCCAGUGUUCAGCCCGAAGAGCUAAUUUAUCAACGCACAGACAAAGUGGCUGCUGCUGAGCUACAGGACAGGAUUGAAAAAAUACUAAAAGACAAAAUCAUGGACUGGAGGCCACGUCAUCUGACUCGAUGGAACAGGUACUGUACCUCUACCUUGCGCCACUUUUUGCCUCUGUUGGAAAGAAGUCAAGGGGAAGAUAUAGAAGAUGACCACAGGGCGGAACUGCUGAAGCAGCUGGGAGACUACAGGUUCUCUGGAUUUCCCCUUCACAUGCCUUAUUCUGAAGUGAAACCUUUGAUUGAAGCGGUAUAUAGCACUGGAGUACACAACAUUGAUGUUCCUAAUGUUGAAUUUGCUUUAGCUGUAUAUAUCCACCCUUAUCCCAAAAAUGUUUUGUCUGUUUGGAUCUAUGUUGCUUCCCUUGUACGUAACAGGUAAUUUUUUAUGUGGUUUUUUUAAUCACCUAAAGACUACUAGUAUAUACAUUUUGAAUUGUAAUGGAAUAAAAAAUAUUUUGAAGUAAUAAAAUUAUCUAUUUUCAAAAACUG